AUGGCAACGGCAAUGGCAAAGCGCCUCGAGGGCAAAACGAUCGUCGUCACCGGAGCGUCAUCCGGCAUCGGUCGCAGCACCGCCAAGGAGUUCGCUCGCACCGCGCCCAAGAACCUGAAGCUUAUCCUGACAGCCAGACGAAUUGACUCUCUGAACCAGCUCGCGCAGGAAAUCAAGGAGGAAGUCGGUGACGGCGUGAAGACAUUGGCCGUGAAACUAGACGUCAGCAACCCGGCCGAGGUUCAGAACUUUGUACCCUCUCUGCCAGCGGAGUUCCAGGAAAUCGAUGUCCUGCGGGCUUGUCAAGGGUGUUGCCAAGCUCCUGAGAUCGCCCCGGAGGAUAUCGAUGUCAUGUUCUCCACUAAUGUCACCGGGUUGAUCAACAUGACUCAGGCGGUUCUUCCGAUUUUUAAGAAGCGGGGUGAUGGCGGUCGUGGAGACAUCAUUAACAUUGGAAGUAUCGCUGGUCGUGAAGCUUAUCCGGGUGGCAGCAUCUAUUGCGCGACCAAGGCGGCUGUCAAGUCGUUCACCGAGGCUUUAAGAAAGGAGCUUAUCGCUUCGAGAAUAAGGAUCAUCGAGAUUGAUCCUGGUCAGGUUGAGACUGAAUUCUCCGUUGUCCGAUUCUACGGAGAUAAGGGGAAGGCUGAUGCAGUAUAUGCAGGCUGCGAGCCACUUACCCCGGAUGAUAUCGCGGAAGUUAUUGUAUUUGCCGCUGGCCGGCGCGAGAAUGUCGUGAUUGCUGACACUCUAAUCUUCCCCAGCCACCAGGCGUCACCCGGUCAUUUGCACAAGAGUUAG